AUCAUAGUCUAGUACCAUAAUUAGAUAAACGGUUGAAGAUCAACGAUGUUUGUACACGUUGCGUUUACUAUGUGCUACAUUCCACAGAGUUGGGACUGAGCGUUUUGUUCCUGUAAGCCUCAAGUAAGGUUCUCAAUCGUCGUCGGAAAAUUCCCAGUUUCUAUCGAUUUUCAACAUGGAGUUAAAAAGUAAACAUACAAUCGAUGAGAAUAUCCUUCAUGUCACAUCCAUCUUUGAGAACACAGGAGAUCACGCAGUCAUCGACCAUGAAGUCACCACUGAUGAAGAGAUUCUCGUCUCCCUAGGUUACAAACAAGAAUUCAAAAGAGAAUUAUCAAUAUGGUCAUCUUUUGGAGUUUCAUUUUCCUGUCUAGGCUUGUUACCAUCGAUCGCAUCGACUCUGGGGUAUAAUCUUGGGCAUAGUGGACCGGCGGGCUCGGUAUGGGGAUGGCUUGUUGCGGGAAUCUUGAUACAAUUUGUAGCAUUUGCGAUGGCGGAAUUGUGUUCGAGUAUGCCGACGGCGGGGGGUCUGUACUAUGCUUCGGUGGUUUUGGCACCGGAGGGUUAUGGGCCUUUGUGUUCUUGGAUAACCGGAUGGUCAAAUUUUGCUGGUGAAGUAACAGCACCGUGUGCGGUUAAUUAUGCACUUGCAGCUAUGAUAUUGACAGCGGCUCAAAUUGUUCAUCCGGAUUAUGUUGUUCAGACAUGGCAUGUAUAUCUUUUGCUUUUGGCUUUGCUAGUCUUACAGGGGCUUCUGGCGAUGAAUUCUACUAAGUUUAUUGGAGUCUUGAAUACGGUUGGGACUAUCACGAAUGUGAUUGUACUUUUGAUAUUCGUCAUUUGGUUUCCAGCGGGUUCGAUCAAUGAGCCGAAGACAAAUCCAAAUAGUAUGGUGUGGGCUUCUGAGGGUCUUGUUAACGGGACGGAGUGGCCUACUGGAUUUUCUUUUUUGAUGGGAUUUCUGUCUGUUAUUUGGACAUUGGCUGGUUAUGAUGCACCUUUUCAUUUGAGCGAGGAGUGCUCAAAUGCAAAUAUUGCUGGUCCGAGGGCUAUUGUCAUGACAGCUCAGUUGGGAUUAUGGCUUGGUUGGGCGAUCAUCUUGGUUAUUGCGUAUACUGUGAAUGAUAUCCAAGAUGUAGUUUCUGGACAGUAUAGUCAACCUAUGGGAAGCUUGUGUCUCCAGGUCCUUGGCCCAAAAGCUGGACUGGCUAUGUUUUCACUUAACAUGAUCGCUCAAUUUUUCGUUGGGCAAGGUGUUACAGUCGUCUCAUCCCGCGUUGUCUACGCCUAUUCCCGCGACGGUGCUCUCCCCGGUUCUCACUGGCUCAAACAAGUAAACUCUCACACCAAAACACCCGUCUAUGCCGUCUGGUUUGUCCUCAAUCUAGGUGCACUCCUUGGUCUCCUUAUGUUUGCUAGCCCGGUGGCUAUUGGUGCUGUUUUUAGCAUGGGUGCUAUUGCGCAAUACAUUGCUUUUGUAUUCCCUAUUGCAUUGAAAGUUUCGCCCUGGUAUUGUUCUCCGUAUUCUUUAAACCUCCCUCGUCCCUGGAAUCUAGGCCGUUUCUCAACACCCAUUGGUGUCGUCGCCGUCGGAUGGGUAUCUCUUAUAAUUCCAAUUCUCUGCUUCCCUUCCGUUACAGGCGCGGAUCUAAAUGAUUUGAAUAUGAAUUAUACAUGUUUAAUAUAUGGGGGUACGAUGACUUUGGCUAUGUGCUGGUAUGCGAUCAGUGCUCGGAAAUGGUUCAAGGGGCCAAAGAUCAAUGUGGAGCACAUGAUUCAUAGAGAUGGUUCUGGGAAUGGCUCUACAACUGGGGAUAUGGAGAAAGCAGUUGUGGAAAAAGACGGGCAGAUAGUGGGUGAGGAUGGAUCAAAUGAAAUUAUGGAGGGGAAAGAGUUGAAUGGCUAAGAAAAGAAGUCGGGGUGAAGGGGAUGAUGGCUAGAUAGUGUUUCGCUGGGC